AAACAAGAGGCACGAUGCACCGAUAUCUCUGUUACCCUCAAUUUGAGGUAUUUUGAAGACGAAGAAGCCCAUCUCUUGUGAGGUCAUUCAUCUCGAUCGUACCCGCAUCGAAAAGAUCACAACUGAUGUGAAAAUUUGCAGUGCAAAUCUUGGCAAUUAUCACAAACGGUGAUCAUUGGAAAAAGAUAUCCAAUUAACCCAUAAAUCGGUGAUCACGAUCGCGAGGGAGUCUCAUGGUAUUUGGUGAUCUUUCGGGGCAACCUUGACUCAAUUGCGAUCAAGGGGUCAUUUUUUAGGUGGGCAACCUCUUGGUAUGCGCUUUUUGAUUUAAAAAUAAAAUCUGCAGAAGAUGGCACAAGAAUUAUUCCAUUUAUAGAUGAUGCUGGUGGAUCAUUUUGAGAUAUCCUAUAUCGUAUAGGUAGACACAUUUGCAAGGCAUCUUCGCCAUCGAGUUCUUGGUCAAGAAACGAUCGCACCGCGCCAGCGAUCGUGGCCAGUGGGCAAUAAAAGAAGUAACGGGUCAAUGGCUGGCGAUCGUAUAAAAUGCCUUGGGUGCCUUUUGGGUAAUUUAGUCUGAGCCCACAAGUUGCCGCGAUCGCGUCUCGCGUCUUGCCUUGCUGAAUCAUCUUCAUUUGAUCGAGUUUUGUUUUAAUUGUAUUUGGAUGAUGCGAGUUCUUGGUGUUGUUGCACUCCUCGCACUCUCGGGUGUUGUGAAUGGGGCCACAAUUUUUCGGAAUGCCCGAGAAGUGGAUGCGGGAGUGGAACAAGUGAUUAGAGAGGAAGAUGUGAAGCCAGUGAUACUCGAUGAUGCUCCCAAAAUUGUGGAGGUCAUUGCGGAGGCGCCGAGAAAGGAGGAGAUUCCUGUUGUGUUGGAAGAGGGUGCCAAGGAAAUCAUUGCCGAAGAGAUCCUCCCGUCAGAGGAGAUGCUUGUGAAAUCUGAAGUGGUACCAGCAAUUGUGGCGGAAAUUAUCAGAGAGCCCGCUGUGGCUGUUGAGGAGAUUGAAGUUGUGAACUCAGUGAAAAGUAUACCUCUUGAGGAACCCCAGAGGCCAGAAAUGCCAAUGGAGGAAGAAAUGAGAGAACCAGCCCCGGAGAUGCCAAUGGAGGAGGAAAUGAGGGAACCUGCCCCGGAGAUGCCCAAGGAAGAAAUUCCCCUUGAGAUGCCCAGGGAGGAAAUUAUUAUUGAGAUGCCCAAGGAAGAAAUUCCUAUUGAGAUGCCCAAGGAAGAGCUUAGAGAACCUGAACGUGAAAUGCCCAAAGAGGAAAUGAAGGAACCUGAACCAGAAAUGCCCAAGGAGGAACUUAAGGAACCCGAACCUGAGAUGCCGAAAGAAGAACUCAGGGAAUUGGAAUCUGAGAUGCCCAAGGAGGAGCUUAAGGAAUCCGAACCAGAAAUGCCUCUAGAGGAAGCACCAAAACCCGAAGCAAUGCCCGAAGAAAAGCCUAUGGAAAUGCCAAAAGAGGAGGAAAAGCUUGAAAAAAUACCAGAACGUUUUGAGGAAAAACCUAUGGAAAUUAAGGAGCAAAUGCGUGAUGAUAGGCGACCUGAUGAUAUAGCUGAGAAUGAACUGAAGCCUCAAGAGAUGGAAAUGCCUAAGAAUAUGGAGGAAAAAUUACCUGAAAAAAUGGAAGAAUCCCGCCCGGAAAUGAUGAUGGAAGAGGAGAAAAUGGAAGAGAAACCACUAGAAAAUAUGGAAGAGAAACCCGAAGAGAGGCCACAGGAGGAACCAGAACAAAAGCCAGAGCAAUUGCCAAUUGAGGAACCAAAGGAAAUGGGACGUGAGGAACCAAUUAGAGAGGAGAAAGCAGAUGAGAAGGAAGAGGAAAAAUUAGAAGAAAAACCCGAGGAAAAACCUGAGGAAAAGCUUGAGGAAAAACCAGCCGAGGAGAAGGCUGAGGAACCAAAAGAAAUGGGUCGCGAUGAACCAAUUCGUGAGGAACCAGAAAUGAAACCCGAGGAACCAAAGGAGAAUCCUCAGCCAGAGGAACAACCUCAAGAAAAACCCGCUGAAACUCCCGAGGAGAAGCCACAGGAAAAUCCUGCGGAACCUGAAGAGUCCCCAAGACAGAAUGAGAUUCCCGCUGAUGCCGACAAACCCACCCCUUCAACUCAACGUCCAGGGUUCAUUCAGUCAUUUCAGAGCUCUUUUGAGAACCUCAUAAACAACAACCCCAUCGCUCAAGCAAUCCGUGGGCCAGGCAAUCAAGCUCAACGACCACAAGAUGCCGUUGAUGAUGGUACACCCUCCACACAGCGCCCAAAUCUCAUUGAACAAUUCCAGAACUUCAUCAAUCCCAACCGACCAGCUGCAGCAUCUCAACCACAGAGUGAUGAUGCUCCAGCUCAGCAGGGAAAUCAAAAUCCCAUCGGGGCUGCCUUUGCUAAUGUCAUCACUGCCGUCCAGAGACCAUUCCAGGGCAUUACGAAUUUCAUUUCGGGCAAUCAACAAGCUCAAGCCCCCGAAAAGGUUCUCAAGGAUAAUACAAAUGAAGACCAACCCCAGCCUGCUGAUGAAGCUAAACCAGCCGAAGAGCUAAAACCUGCUGAGGAGGAAAAACCUGCCGAAGAGUCCCAACCUGCUGAAGAAAAGCAACCUGCUCAGGAGUCGCAACCCGCUGAGGAGGCCAAACCCGCCGAAGAUCUCACACAAUCCCCAGAGGCCCCUGAAAAUCCCUAAUUCCGCUAUUUUUUAAGCGCUUAGCUCAUAGACUUUUCUCAUAGGCUUUAUCACACUUAAAAAAAAACGAUUUUCACUUUUUGACCCUUCGCAAGAGCAAUGUAAAAUCAAAAUUAAUGAUUUUAUGUUGUGUAAAAGGAGAGUCAAAGAAUAAUAUAAAUUUUUUAGGUGGGAUAAUAAAUCGAAAAUAGUUAGGAUCAUCGCAAAACAAGAGUAAUAUUAUAGUAGAUGUUGUAAGGUCGCAGCUCCUGUGCUCAUUUUCAUCGAGAAAUGCCAUUAGCAGCUCAACGAGAGAUUAAAUGACGUGCCUUUAUUUAUUGAUGACCUCCACGAUGGCCAAGGUCACCGAAAAUUAAAUAUUUAUAAUUUAUUUUUUUGUGAUUUCGGGAUUUGCUGUCUCGGAAGUAUUCCAGAAAGAUUCAAUUCUUGAUCAAAAUAAAGAAUAAAAUAAAUAAUUGAAAAA